GCCCCACUUAGUACACUGUCAUAUGCCUCGUAGUGUGCAUAGGAAUACCAAACACGCGUAAAGUGGGACAUGACUAUCAAAUCAGUUGCUGUCGCGACGCGACGUAAGUUCUAACCUAAAGGUGAAAAAAACAAUUCAAUGUUAGACUUCACCAAUUGAUAUUUUUUUAACACUUUCGCUGUGACACCUUGAUCAGUUCUGUUAGCCAUUGUUGAUACGAUGGUGUUCAGAAGCGAUCCCGUGGGUUACGGAUAGAUGCAACUAACUGGCUUCAAUAUCUGAAGUGAGAAAUGAUGGCUCCUGGUCAGAACACCUUUUCCAUCAUACCAAACCCGCCGUGCGCUAUCAAUGGCGGCCUGGAUGCUUCCGAAACCCGCCCCAGCAAACGGCCUAUGACCUCAAAGCAGGCUAAGAAAGCAUAUCAGAAAACGAACAAGGGGCCUAAACUAUCCAAAGCCGAGCAGCGACGCCAGGAACUCUUCGAGCAAGACCGUAUACGACGAGAAUUCGAGAAGGAGAAGAACCAGGCCCGCGCAAGGGCUGCAAGGGACAAGAAAAAGGAGAAGGAAGAAAAAGAACGUGCUGAAAAGAAGAAGAAAGGAUUACCUCUAGUCGAUGUUCAUCCGUCGCAAGCUACAAUUGCCUGGUUUGUCCGUGGUGAUAAAAAGAAGAAGCCAGAGAGCCAAACUUUAAUAAACUCGCCUAUUACUGAUCGGCAUAAGAGCGAUGAGAGCGAUAGCGCUACCCUAUCAGGUGAAGAUGAACCCGAACCGCCGCCGAAAAAGCAAAAGACAGUGCCUCUAGAUCCGGAACACAGUCCGAGCUUUGCAGGGGGUUUGAAUUGUUCGGCAUCGUCACUCCGGGACCUAGACACCCGAGGUACUCCUCAAGCAGCUAGCAACACAGUCAAAGGUCCAAUUGAAGAUGACCAAAUGGUAGAACAUCUAACUCCUGAUGUGGAUGGUCUUUCUACGACGGUACUUCCCGAUGAAUUAUUUAAUGAUCCAGUGGAUGCUGUAAGCAAUCCGCCCAGAGACGACAUGGAUCCGGACGAAGAUUCCCUCCUACCAGGAGAACAGAUAAUUCCCAAUAGUCCACCUUCAUCAAAAUCGCUGGAUUUUUGCCGUUCGCCAAUCACAGUCGAAGAGUUGCUGCCAGCACAAAAUGCACAGAAGAGUGUAUCACCGCCGUCUGACCGGCUACCACUCCAAACUCUGGGUGCGAGCGAGGUCAAUUCAAGAAUUACCAACACGCCUCAGGAGCUAUGCCAUGAUCAAGCGAAGCCAUUAGACCGCGCGCCGAGUCCCGCUCUAGAUCCAUCAGUAAAUAUACCAAAGGGAACACCGUCAAUCUCAUCACCAAAGUCCUUUCGGAACCCCAAAACUCCAAUGGGACCCCCUCCGAUUCCAUCAAGAUCCAGAUCGCGUGGCCAUGUAUCAGCUAUGGGUUCGAAGACACCCUCUUUCUUACCGAAACAGACUCACAUAUCUGGCUUUCGUUCCGCCACUAACCCUAACCCUAAACUCAGUCAACGGCAUCACAUACUUCAGGGAACGCAGGAGGAGCGACCACCAACAAGCACUCAGUUGUUCAUGCUCGGGCACCUUGAUGACCUUUUCCCAAGCCCUUCACAAGAAGUAAGGGAAAUAUUUGGAGAAUCGAAAUUUGGCAUUGGAGGGAGUGGUACUGAGCCGAAAUCUAAAGCCGCAUUUACAAGCAAGUCUCCUACGAGUAGGAAGCUACCUAGUAAGUUGAUCCCAGCUGUGCCGAGUCCCAAUCGCUUUGGUUCUGUUAUGAGAGACGAAAAAACAAAAAUUGGGCCCAUCCAGAACCGUUUUUCGUCCAUACAAGCAAAUGAGAGUCACUUGCUUCCCACUGCAAAUAUUCACUCCUCGGGAAACUCGGAAUCAUUCGACAUGCCAUAUUUCUCAACACAGGAUUUCUUCCUCUCGUCACAAGAUCUAGAAGACCUCGAACCCGGGAAAACAUCCCCAAUAGGACUCGAACGUCGGAAUGGUUACAAUAGCUAUAACUUAUACGUCGAGAAACCGGCUUGGAAUAGCAAUAUUGACUUACCGACUUCAUUGCAUCCACCGGCUCAAAAGCAGGCUAGAGGGUCGAUGCCAGAUUCUCGAAUUAGCCCAGCUCGCGACAGGAGCCGAUCAAUUCAUGCUCACUUACUUGGAAAACCCGCCGAAUGUCUCAAAAGUCCGAAGCCGGUGUCCAAGGAAACCACAACACCGAAUACAUCCUCAAAGAGUAAUCAUUCACAGAGUCGCAGCUUAAGAAAUACAGCCGACUUUGAAAAGCCUACGGAUAAGAUAUAUGAGGCUACCUCUCGGGGCCAUCAAAAGAAAUCACUUAGUACGCUACAGGCGGAGAAGAAUAUGGCACCCCCGCGGGCCUCGCCCAAGCCAUUCUUUACUUCGAGCGAUCGAGAAGUACACCGCAUAUACACUAAUGAGAGGCUAAAGACCAUCGCGUGGGAGAGUGCUUCAACCAAGCGGAAUAUACAGCAGGAACUAAAGCGUCUCCAAAGGUCAGAGGAUGAAAAAUCAAAUAGCUCGAUGCCGGUAUGUGCGAUAGAAGAUGGAAACAAAGGCAGUAUCACAUCCGGCGUGUCUGGCUCAGAAUCGAGAACUAAAAGCUCAUCCACUCGGCCAUGUGACCAGAUUAAGGACCAGUCGCGGCCCCGGUCUAUCAAUCAGCUAUCAAGCUCGGUAGGAAGCUUCCAAAAUCAAAAGAUCGAUGAGCCGAAGGAAGUACGUCCGCGACAAAAUCAGUCACGUAGCUCGUAUGAGAAAAUGUUAGAGUUACUUGAACGCACGGAGAGCCAUAAACAAGAACAGCCGGCAGUAACUGCGUCGCAGGAAACGGACUAUGGGGAGGCCGAAUUGGAUGAUGUCUUUAGCGAAAUGUUGUAGUGUUAAGACCCUGGCUCAUCGGUACUGGAUUAAGAAAUUCGGAUAUCACGAUUCAGGGUGUUGGGUCAAUAUGUAUAUCGGUAGGUACUCUGGGUGGACAGGAUACAGAGGAGCAUAAAGGGGCACGAACCAUUAUACCCAGCAUAGCAGUCAAUUACGAGAUAUAUGAAUUAAGACGAGUAGAAUAUAAUGGUGUGGCUACGUA